AGUCUGAUUAAACAUGGUGCAGUUCACUUACAGCAGAUUGUCGCAUUUUCUGAGAUUAUCGGUGAAUAAAGCUUCGUUUUUUAGAGCUGGGACUGAAUUCCAACACACCCCGGGGUGCUGCGUCCAGUCGAUACGAUGGCAGCAUUCAGUGGACAGUAAGAGCCUCCAGGAACGGCAGAGGCAGCAGAUGGCCCGAGGUCUCCCCAAACAGAAGCCCAUCACUGGGGUCAAACAGAUCAUUGUCGUGGCAUCAGGGAAGGGAGGAGUCGGCAAGUCCACCACAGCAGUUAAUCUGGCACUGGGACUUUCUGCAAAUGAUCCAUCUAAAUCCGUUGGCUUGUUAGACGCUGAUGUUUACGGCCCUUCGAUUCCCAAACUCAUGAAUCUUAAAGGAAGCCCAGAUCUCACAGACAACAAUCUGAUGAUCCCUCUCAUGAACUAUGGAAUUCUCUGUAUGUCGAUGGGUUUCUUGGUGGACGACGCGGCUCCGAUCGUGUGGAGAGGCCUCAUGGUGAUGUCGGCCAUUGAGAAACUGCUCAGACAGGUGGACUGGGGGGAACUGGACUUCCUGGUGGUGGACAUGCCUCCUGGAACAGGGGACGUGCAGCUGUCCAUCUCUCAGAACGUGCCUGUCGCUGGAGCAGUGAUCGUGUCCACUCCUCAGGACAUUGCUUUGUUGGAUGCUCGAAGAGGAGCAGAAAUGUUCAACAAAGUCCAUGUUCCGGUGAUUGGUCUGGUGCAGAACAUGAGCGUGUUCCAGUGUCCAAACUGUCUCCAUCAAACUCACAUUUUUGGUUCAGACGGAGCCAAGAACCUCGCUCUGUCUAUGGGUGUGCACUUCCUUGGUGACGUCCCUCUUCAUCUGAGCAUCAGGGAGACUUCAGACAGUGGAAAACCUGUGGUAGUCUCAGCUCCGGACAGUGCCGAGGCCGACGCAUACAAGAGGCUGGCAGCUGCAGUCGUCCACAGGCUAAAACUACUUCAUUCGUGACACUCAUUUAGUUAAUUCAUUUGUUAUUUUUAUUUGAACAAAAUAUAUAUGAAAUAAUAUGCAUGAAGAGGAAACACAGCCGCCAUGACGCACAAAACCAU